CUGUCAUUCUUCUCAUUCUCACGUCUCUUCCUGGUAGAAGUGAAAGACAUUUCAGAGCUGCUGUUCAACACAACAGUUCAGAGGAGAAAGAAAGAUCUGCAAAUAUAAUUUGAGCUGUGAAUCAGUGAAGGACGAUGGCGUCUGUUAAACAUCUGCUUAAGACCACACAGAACUUGGAAAAUGCUGAACUGAAGCAGUUUCAGCAGAACUUAGAAGAAGAUCAUGAGUGUAUAUCAAAGUCUGAAAUGGAGAAUGCAGAUACGAUAAAAACAGUGGAUAAGAUGGUGACGUGUUUUGGACGAGAUGAAGCUGUGAAGAUCAUGGUUGGCAUCCUGAGGAAGAUUAACCAGAAUGAACUGGCUGAACAGCUGGAGAACGAACACAAGCAAGUUAUAGAGCUGGAAAACUUAUUGAAACCUCACAAAACCAACAUGAAGAAGAAAGCAGAACAUAUUUUUGAGGGCCAUAAAGAAACUUACACAGAUCUUAAGGCUGUUUACACAGAACUGUUCAUCACAGAGGGAGAUAUGACAGAUGUCAAUCAGGAACAUGAGAUUCUGAAGAUUGAUGAUGCUCUAAAGACCCAGAAAUCACAGGACAAACCAAUCAAAUGUGAAGAUAUAUUUAAUGAACUGAGGAAAAAGAAUGAGAAGAAGAUUGUGCUGACCAAGGGAGUUGCUGGCAUUGGAAAAACAUUUUCUGUGCACAAAUUCAUCCUGGACUGGGCAGAAGGAAAAACCAGUCAGGAUAUAGACUGUGUGUUUCUGCUUCCAUUCAGAGAGAUCAACAUGAUUAAAAACAGACAGAUCAGUUUCCAUGAGUUUCUGCUGAGAUUUUAUCCUGAAUUGAAGGACCUGGAGAAAUCACAGUUAUAUACAGAAUCUAAACUUGCAUUUAUAUUUGAUGGACUUGAUGAGAGUCGUCUGCCUCUGAAUUUUAACAGUAGGUCAUUGAACACUGUUGAGGAAAGAUCAUCUGUAGAUGUGCUGUUUACAAAUCUGGUCAAAGGGAAUCUGCUUCCAUCAGCUCUGGUCUGGGUGACCUCACGACCAGCAGCAGCCAAUCAGAUUCCUGCUCGAUAUGUAGGUUUGUUCACUGAGGUGCGAGGAUUCACUGACCAACAGAAGGAGCAGUACUUCAGAAAGAGUAUCAGAGAAAAGACUCUGGCUGACAGAAUCAUCUCACACAUCAAGACGUCUCGUAGUCUCUACAUCAUGUGCCACAUUCCUGUGUUCUGCUGGAUCACAGCCACAGUACUUCAGCAUAUUCUCAUCCGGAGCAGUGAAGAGAAAAUCAGCACAACACUCACUGAAAUGUACAUCCACUUCCUGCUGAUACAGAUGAACAUGAAGAACCAGAAGUAUGAUGAAAAAAAACUAAGACAACCUACAAAGCUCUUACAUUCAAACAAAAAAAUUAUUCUGAAAUUAGCCAAGCUAGCAUUUGAACAGCUGAAGAAGGAAAACAUUGUGUUUUAUGAGAAAGCUGAAAAAUGUGGUAUUGAUGUGGGUAAAGACACUGAGUUCACUGGAAUGAUAGCUGAGAUCUUUAAGAAGGAAAAUGGACUUUAUGAGAAGGUUUUCAGCUUUGUGCAUCUGAGUGUUCAAGAGUUUCUCGCUGCAGUGCAUGUGUUCAUCUGUUACCUGAACAAGAACAUGCGAGAGCUUCAGUUUUUCUUUGAAGAUUCACAAUCUUCAAUCAAAUUUCAUGAGUUAACAAAGAGUGCCACUGAUAAAGCAAUGCAGAGUAAGAGAGGACAUCUGGACCUGUUUCUGCGGUUUCUGAUGGGAAUUUCACUGGAGUCCAGUCAAAACCUGCUUGAAGGCCUGAUCACACAAACUCAAGACACCACAGAGAGCAUCAGACAAACAACUGAAUACAUUAAACAAUUACAAAACAAUAAUAUCACAGAUGAAGCUGCAGUCAACCUAUUCUACUGCUUACUUGAGCUCAAAGAUCAUUCAUUAUAUGAGGAAAUCCAGAGUUACCUCAGUUCAGAUGAACAUCCAGGAAGAAAACUCUCAUCUUCAAUGUGCACAGUGCUGACCUCAGUACUGCUCAUGUCAGAGAAGGUGCUGGAUGAGUUCAACCCAAAGAGGUUCACGUCAUCACAAGCAGACUACAAGAGACUCAUUCCAGCUGUGAGAUGCUGCAGAAAAGCCCUAUUUGAUGGCUGUGGUUUUGAUGAAACAUGCUGUGAAACUGUGUCUUCGGCUCUACAAUUGUCAGACUCUCAUCUGACAGAGCUGGAGCUGAGUAAUAAUCACCUGCAAGAUUCAGGAGUGAAGCUGAUUUAUGAUGGACUGAAGAGUCCAAACUCUAAGCUGGAGAUGUUGAGGCUGUCUAGGUGUAAACUCACUGCUCAGUCCUGUGAGAGUUUGUCUUCAGCUCUACAGUCCUCAAACUCUGUCCUGAGAGAACUGGAUCUGAGUAACAAUGACCUGCAGGAUUCUGGAGUGAUGCUUCUUUCUGAAGGACUGAAGAGUCCAAACUCUAAGCUGGAGAUGUUGAGAUUGUCCACAUGUAAUCUCACUGCUCAGUCUUGUGGGAGUUUGUCAUCAGUUUUGAAAUCCUCAAACUCUGUCCUGAGAGAACUGGAUCUGAGUAACAAUGACCUGCAGGAUUCUGGAGUGAUGCUUCUUUCUGAAGGACUAAAGAGUCCAAACUGUCAGCUGGAGAUACUGAGGUAACUGGUUUUCCAUUAAAUAAUUAACAAAAUGUUACCACAAUAAAUGGCCACUGAAUUUUGUCAACAAAUGUUUAAUCUGCUUUCAAUGCAAUGCCAGAACAAGAGACAAAAACAUUCCCAGAUAGCAUCCGGAUGUGGGCCACCUUUGGCAAAAAUAUGGCACAAUCAACAAAGGCUAAUCAGGGUGUAAACCAGAUGUGGUCCAGGUAUAUUAAAGUGUAUUUGGGUCAGUUUUGGCAAAGAUAUGGCACAUUAAACACUGGCUAAUGUGGCUGUGAGCCUAAAGUGGCCAACAUAUAAAAUGACAAAUAUUGGCCAAAUAAUUCACAACAAUUUGGGCCACUUUUGGCAAAUAUAUGGCACAGUCAGCUUUGGCUAAUCAGUAUGUAAGCCUAACUUGUCCCACAUUUGACAUGGCAAAUAUUCCCCAUAUAUCAUAAAACAGAUGAAGGCCACUUCUGGUUUGGAUGUAGCACUUCACACUGGCUAAUUGAAAUGUACAUUUGAAAUAGUAAAUAUGGCCUAAAUAUUUUAAUAGAAUUUGGCUACUUUUAGUAGGAUGCAACACAGUUAACUGA